AUGAUACCAAUCAACGGCAGCGGAUUUGUAAACAGAGGCGACGCGCUGGUAUUCGAUGUUUCCUUCAUGUGUACAGACCGAGUGGGGCUGAUUACUUAUUGUCUUUAUUUAGCUGACCAAGGCAAACCACUGAGAGUGUCCUGGGAGUGGGAAUGAAGUAGCAAUGAGGAUAUCUGGAUCAGGGAGAGUCAGCCUUCAGGCACCAGGGGUCCUGAAACCAAGAAAAUGAGUACUUUAUUCUUGAUGAGUUUCCUGAUAACUUCUUCAGAGGAUAUAGGAGUAUUGUCCACAGACUUUGCCCGCAACUCUGGCAUAGACACCUCCACUCGGAAAGAGACACGAUACGUUAAUGACCCGGCCCACAAGACUCAGUGCAUCAACAAGAUCAUGGAGUUCCUUAGCAGCAGAGGGAAGUCAUACCAACGUCGUACUCUCCUUACUCCCACCACUAAUGACUUUAAGGAUAUUUUUAAUUUCAUCUAUCAGCAUUUGGACCACAGCUAUACACUGCCCCCUAGAUUUUAAGAACUUCCUAAGUUACUGAAAAAUAUAGACUGCCCAUUCCAACUCACCAAAUCUUCCUUUGUCACUGUUGGAUCUCCACACACGGCCUGCUGUCCUGGCUGCAUUGGCAUUCAUGGUGGAUUUUGUCCAUAUUAACUCCAUCAUGGACUCUUCAAUGCCUGAAGAUGAUCUUGACAAUGACACCACUAGUCCUCUAUGUGUUUUCAUAGAGGCUUUCAAGUGCAGUGAUGAUGCUGAAGAGAAUGCUUGCCUUGAGGUAUAAGAAAUCUGAUGCUUGGAGCAAGGAAACUGGAGAGAAGUGAAGAUUGCAUUUAAAUAAUAGAGAUGAAUUGUUUGAGAAAUGUGUGGAGUAACACAUAUGUUGAGUGAAAAAGAAAGAAGUCCUAAAAGAGAACAUGCUGGAAGAGAGCUGGGUGAUUAAGCAGAUAAGGGGAUAUUAAGAUGGUUGCAACAUGUAAAGAGGAUGGAAGAAGAAAGUGAUUGGAUUGGAUGUGUGAGGUGUAAGAUUGGGGGACAACCUUGCAUGUGGUGGAUAGACAGUGCGAAGAAAGUGUUAGAUAUAAAAAGCUAAAAAUUACUAUUUAACAAUGAGGAAAGCACAAUGUGACAUUGAUAUUUUCCAUGGGAGUGUUAUAGGCUUGUAUGAGGUGACAGGAAAAGUUGUCCAAAAGAUUCAUUAGUCAUUUACCAGCUAUUAGUUCAAUUUUACUCAUGGGAGGUUACACAUAGAUUGAGAAUAGUCAUUGUUGAGAUUCUCUGGAGGUUCUUAAUUGCAGGCACAUAUAGAACACAUAAAGGCCGAGAAUAAUGUGAGUGACAGUGAUAUGGUGGAACUCAGUGAAGCUCUAGAAGCAAAACACCAUGAACUGGAAUCUCUGCCCAAGGUUAUCGAUGAACUGAAGCAGCUCAAGCAAUUAUUCUGAUGACUUGGUGAAAUUAAAUACUUGCAAGAACUUGAAAUUGUCAUACAAAACAAAGUUGCAAUGGAAAAGAGCAUGAAGUAGUCAGUUAUGGAACUGAAUACUGAGGAGAGUAAGAUAUCUGAAGAGGUUAAUCGUUUGAAGAAGCUCAAAAACCAACAAACAUACAGUAGCUCUGAGUUGAUGCAAUUGAAGAAUCACAGUCAAGAAGCUAGCAGGGAAAUUGAAUUCCAAGAACAAUUAGGAAAUGAGAUGGGUAAUCAGGUUCGUAAUCUGGAACUGGAGAUGUCAAAAUCUGAUUCCGCCUUCAGAGACUCUACUGUCUAGCUUGAGAAUUUUUUAGAGGAACUAAACUUGAGCAAAGGUUUCUCUGACAUAAGUCUGAAGAGUGAAGAUGUAAUCAACCAGUAUGAUGAAAUCAUGCGUAUUUUAACAAAACUCAAAACAGAAGCAAAGAAAAAUACAUCUGAGACACAAGAAGAACUGUUUAAAUUAGGUCAAGUUGCAGAGAGGGUAAGAUAUAAUUUUACCCUUUUCUUCAUAGUAUGUAGUAUUUGUAAUUUGCUAAAAAAAAAAAGGCCUGAUAUGUUUUUUAUCCCAUUGAUAACAUUUUCUUUAAAGUCAAAAGGGUUAUUGCAAGAAGGAUUGGCAGAAGGCAAUAAGCUGAAAAAAAAAAAAAUCCAGCACAUCGAAGAAGAAAACGAAGUCACACAAGAAGAAAUGAAAAGAGAGGUAAAAAAAUUUUUAAGUCUUGCUUAGGUCUUGUGUACUGUGUGCAUCUAAUUCAGAGAAGCCUUUCUUAGAUACUAAUUAAAUUUGCUUGUAGUUCAUUAGAAUUUUAUCUAAGGCAAAGUUCAACAUUCGUAGUCUAAGAUCUAACUUUCAGUCUGUAGAA